AUGUUUAUUCUACGGCAUAACACCCCAGAUCUGCCUGGUUUGAGAGCAGAUUCAAGUUCAGGAGAUCAUUCUUCCUUGAAUUCAUCCUUUACCCAUCAAAAUUGGGGUACUGGUGCCCAAGUUUCAACAUUCCAACUUUCCCCUACCAAUGCGAACUAUCCCGAAACAGGUUGUUCCAUCUGGAUUUCCUUUUUUUUUCCCUUUAUUCUAAUUGCAAAAUCAUUUAAGAGAAACUUGCAACAAGUAAAAAUUCUCAUUUCAGCAAAAUUAUUAGAUAUAAAAUGUAGAUUAAGAUAUAUUGAUAUAUGA